AUGGAACAACAAUCGCCACCGCCGCCUCCGUCGAAGUGGGAAGGAGAAGUCUUCGCCGAGACAACCGCCGCAGAUCCCCAUCAAAUCUGGCCGCUACUGACCGACGACUUCUGCAGCCUCCACAAAUGGCUCCCCUUUGUCGACACCUGUCACUACGUCGAAGGCGUACCUGGGCAGCCAGGCUUGGUCCGCCACUGCGCCGUCACCGUCACCCCGUCGUCGAUCAAGUGGGCCAAAGAGAGGCUGAAUCUGAUUGAUCCCAUCGCACACACUCUCACCUACGAGAUCCUCGAUAACAACAUGGGAUUCAAAUCCUACGUGGCCACCAUGAAGCUACUCCAGGGAAGCGGCGGGGGAUGCAAGUUCGUCUGGUCGUUCGUGGCGGAUCCGAUCGAAGGGUGGCCGCUGGAGGAGUUUGUGAAGUAUCUUGACUCUGGUCUCCACCAAAUGGUGAAUAAAAUGGCUGACUUUUUGAAGAAGAGUCCCCUAUAA